AUGGAUAUCAUGUCCGAUUCACCGUUCGCUCCCCAGAAAAAGCCAAAACCGAUAAUCCAGAGUCUGGUAUCCGCAGGCCGACAAAGCCUGGUUAUUGACCCGGACACAACAGUUGAAGGUGCCUUUGACUCUGCCUUACAGGGCAUCACCAACAUCUGCCAGCCCACAGUCCAAGGGACUACGAAUUCCUUAGCCGCCACUCUGAAGCAAACCCAAUAUCAAGCUCGUUGUCAUCACUUCGUCUAUAGUGGCAAAUAUGCCAUUUAUCCCUAUCCGUCCGUCACCGUUACUCCUGCCUCGCGGGUCCCGGUAUCCGGGCCCCCUAGUGAUAUGACCGAUGUUAUGGAGGCUUAUAUUAUGGCCAAUGUGGCUGAAGUCCAUGAGACAGAUGCCUUCGUCGGACACAUCGUACUCAUUUCUCCAUUACGCAUGCGCUUCCAGGCUAUGUUUUGGGUCCAUGGGGAAUAUGUGCAUAUUGACGAUGUCGCUCAGGUCCAUCUCAAGGUCCUGCUUCUGGACCUGACUGAGGAGACACCGAAGGUGUUUGGUGUCUGCCCCAAUGUCAGUUAUGAUACGGAGUUUGAUUACGUCCAGAAGGCAUUCCCUUAA